CACAAACUGAACCAUCCACUCACCAAAAAAAUGUAACCCAAUCCAGGAACAUAUUCAAUCCUAACUGAAGAGUAACUUACUUCUCACGAGCCUCAACAUCCAAUCCCUCCGUUAGUUUACUGUAGGAGUUUCACCAUUAGCGCCCCUCAAAGGUUUUGUUGGGACCAGGCAGUCACUUUAUACCCAUCGAACAUCCCAGCCAUUGGAUCCCACUUCACAGCCAGUUCUGCUUCCAAUUUGCCUUUGGAAGCUGCUGCGCCCGGACAGAGAGGCCUCACGAUUGCGACGCUUGGGACGCGGUGGCGACAGACGGGAGUCAUACACAAUCGCAGACUACAAAAUCCCGCCGUCUUUGUGCUUAAUUCGAAACCGAAACAAACCAUCACCAGCUUGGCGCCAACUAGCAUAGAUAGUACCUACUCGAACCACCAAUUCUUUCCCACCACCUCGCGCGCCAUCACGCGCAACCACCCUUCUCUUCAAAAUGCGCCUCUACCUCCUCCCAAUCUCCACCCGGCGCACCCUCCUCUACUGCCAAAAGCUACAGCCUCCAUCGUCCGCUUCCACGUCCACACCAAAACAAAAGCAGUCAUGGGGCGACUACAUCCAAACCAAAGCAGCUCUCACCUGGGCCUCCUGGGAAAAGAAGGAAUCCGGCUGGCAAGAGGCCGUCGCCAGCUACGGAAACCAAUUGCUUAGGAAGCUGCCAUACGAAGAAUGGGCCUUGAAGAGCAUGCCACCCUUGACAAAGUCGCGGCAACGACAACUCGAGGCCUUGUUACAGCAACAGGCGCAGGCGGAGGGAGAUUUCGCGAUGGAAUCAGGGGAGAAGGGAGGCAACAAGAGGGGGAAAGUGGAUGUGGACAAAGUAGAGGUGGUGUAUCCCGGUGGACUGAUCAAGGCGGAACAAGUGCCGAGGAUAUUGCACAAGCUGGCGACGGAGAGGGAGGGCCAUCACAAGAAGUGGUUCUGGUGGUGUUUGGCGGGGAUGCCGGUUACUAUUCCCAUUGGUAUCCUACCUUUAGUCCCCAACCUCCCCUUUUUCUACCUCGUCUACCGCGCCUGGUCUCACCACCGCGCCCUUUCCGGCGGCAAACACAUUUCUUUCCUCCUCCAACACGCCUCCCGCCUGUUAUCCUACCACCCCUCGCCCAUCCUCGACGAGAUCUACUCCACCCAGCGCUUCCCGCUCCCUUUUACUUCUGAGCCGACCACGGGGCCCGAAGCGGAAACGAUCAAGCACCCGGAUCCGGCCAAGGUAGUCCAGGCGGUCAAUGGUGGAAACACCACCACGGAAAAGACGGAUGGGGUGAACAUGGGUCAUGUCCUGGAACAAAGGGAGGUGGAAGAUGGUGAAGUCUUGCUUUUGUCUCAGGAGAAUGCAAAGAAGAUGGUCCAGCUGCUGGAGGUGCCCGAGCUGGAAGUGGAGCUGGAGCGAGCGAUUUGGCAGGUUGAGACGGCGGUGGAGAAGAAGAAUAGGGAGAUUGAGGCGGAGGCUAAAGUGGAUGAUACCAAGAAGGAGAAGGAGAAGGUAAAGACGCAGUGAGGCGUCAUGAGGAAUCAGAUGGAAGAAGACGUCUAUGAUGAUGUAUGAUGCGUGGAUGAAAGAUUAAGUUUAGCAUUUGUAUGACUAUAGAGGGACGGAUGAUGGCAGCAUUUAGUAACGAGCAAGCUGGAGUAAACGGUUAGAGGAGAAGGUCAUGAUUUAUGACAAGAGAUUACGAAAAACUUACUACUUUGUUC